CCUCAGCGGACGCUCACGCGCUCAGCUCUACUGCACAGCGCACGUGAAUUCUGCGCGCUCAGAAGUGUAUUCACCGGGCAUCUUGGCACAAGUGGCUUGUUUUCUUCUGUCUUGAAGGAUGACUUCCCGCCCUUUAUGCUGACGGCUGCUCGGAACUUACGCUAAAGAGAGAUAUUAUUAAUGAAAUCAGCAAGAAAUGAAGAUGAACCUUGUGAAUUGUUUGGCUCUUCUCUUAGUUUGGCACGCGCACGCGGUCAACGCGAGACAUGCAAACUGUCACUUUCUGUAUGAGCUGCAGAUGGCUGAGAAGGAAUGUUUGGACAUGCUGGCAGACGAGCUGCCUCCGCACACUCAAGGUUGCAGGGGGAUAUGGGACAAUUUUUCUUGCUGGCACCAUGCUGACAUUGGAGAGGUGGUCGACAACACCUGCCCCGUUGCACUUAAAAAUUUGUUCACCAGAGAUGGUAAAUUUUACUUUAAUAUUU